UGUACAUGGGUUGAUGGCCAGACAGACAGACAGACAUGCAUGUCGUCAUGACACGGCACGAACGGACGAAUGAAUGGGUCGUCAGCUCAUGCACCGUAGACAUGCAGAAAGAUCCAUACAGUCAGUCCGUCAAAGAAUGGCAUGUGACAACUUUGAGAGAGCGGUUGGACCUCUGCUCUGCUCUGUGCGAUCACCUCAACACAUCCGCCACCUGAACCACACCCAACACAGACUAAGAAGAGAGAAGCGCCUCGCUAUCAGCUGAACAGCGCCUCGCUGUUUUGUAUACCUGCUGCGCCCGCUCGCAUGGGGUCGUCGACGUCAAGUAUGGUCAGCCAGUGGCAAUCUGCACAUCCAUCCAUCCAACCAUCCAGCCACAGACACGCGGAUCGACACUCACACAGAUGAGUGUGCGGUGACGGCCACUCACCUGCCAGAUCUCCAUCUCAUCGCACGUGAAGGUCGCGGACUGCGCCAAAGUGCCGUCGCCGUUGUGAUUGACCGUCCCCUUGUAUCCCUCCGACAGCUCAUCCCUCUUGAUCCACUGAUGGCAGCUGCUGAGGUCGGACGCAGGACCAGGCUGAGCGAAACCCAGCCAGAGAUACCCGCGGGCGAUGCUCACAUUGCCGAUCGGCUCGCCCUUGCUCGUCACUACCCCCUGUCUGCCGGCCACCUCCACCCAAUGCCUGCCCCCCGGCAGUUCGAUCUUGGUCGGCGUCUCGUACGCCCCCGACAGCGAAAAGAAGAAGACGGGCGCCUUGUAUUUGUUGGUCUUGGUGGGGUCCUCGGGCGGAUCGAGUGGGCCGUCGAUGAAGCAUCCGAAUCGGUGUGUGUCGCCGUCUCGGAGGGCGAAGAGCAGGCCGCUCUUGCCGGCCACACACUCGAGCAUCUUGGGGAACUCAUACGUGUCACGACUGCCCCUGACAGACACACGUCAGACACACACACACACACACACCCGGAGGCAGGUCUUUCAAGGCCCUCUCGCUGCUGUCUUUGUGUGUGAGGCUCGCUGACUUGUAUAAGAGUGACGGCAUUGGCGAGGUCUUGCCCGUCAUGUUGAGCAGCUCCGCCAUCUCGUCGUCGGUCUCGAUGACGAAGCCGCCCCCCGCCACGCCGCUGAAGAAGGGCUCGUACUUCAGCCCAUACAUCUCGGUGUCCGUCCGAAUCUGCUUGGCGUUGGGGGCCGUCGGCGGCCUCACCAAAGUGCCGAGCGGCGCGAUGCGACGGCGACGGGCGAAGUCGAUGGCCUUCAUGAGAUGGUCAGGGCGGAUGGAACUCACAGGCGCACCACUGCAGACACAAGAGAAGGACACAGACAUGACGAUUGUGCCUCUCCCAUCUGUUUGAUGUUGUGUGACCCACCUGUGGAACGUCGUGUAGAGUCGUUUGUCGCGGCCAACACGCGCCAGUGUGGCCUCGGUGGUCGACACCGUCUCGCCCAGGACGCGCACACUCCUUAUCUCAUCGCCCUCCCCUCCCUGCCCCCCCUCAGUCGCCAGCAGCGGCUUGACAAGCUUGUGGAAGUUGAGCAGGCCCCGCUGCACCUCGCCCAGCCGCCCCACUGACGCAUCCAGGCUUGCAGUGCUGCUGCUGAGGGCUGCCAUGUGGUCGCUACCCCCCUGCUCCCCGUCCGCAUCAUCGUCCUCCUCGCCAUCCUGCUGCUGCUGCUGUUGGUUGUCCACCUCCAUGUGGUCGUCAUCGUCGCUGUGCGGGGCCGUGUCUGUGGGGAUGUCGAGUCGAGGCCACUCUUGGAAGUGAAGAGGAGAUGGUGCCAGAAGAGGGACGACACGUCGGUGUCGUGUGGAGGGGUCAGGAGGAUCUCGUGGCUCUCGCCCUGCGCAUCAGCCAUGCCGACAUUGGUAAUCUCAUCACGCAGCCUGACAAAGGCAAACAACAGCAGGCACUCUAUGUGAGCUUGGUGUGCCUCCCUCCGCCUUUCUCUCUGCUGGUUGGCUGACCACUUCAUGUAGAUUUGGUCAGCGUCGAGGAAUGGGCGGCCCUCUGUGUCCUUGGGCAGCCCAUCCAGGUGGUGCAGCAGCAGAUAGGCGAUGAUGCUCUCACUCACGCCGGGCAGCAGCAGCGGCUUGCGCGGCACACACAGCACCGUCCCGCCCACGUUGAUCUCAAUCUCCUCACUCAACGGGCCCGUCACCCUCGGCUGCCCUCCGCUGCUCGUUAUCAGGUCCUUGAUCGUCUUGGCUUGCUGCCGCAGCUUCUUGCGCAUCUGUUUGGCCGACUGCUCGAUGGCGGCGAGUGCCUCGUCGGCCUCCUUCAACAGCGCAUCGACUGAUGCCCUCCCGAUGAAGGGGAGCGGCUCAAACUCAUCGCUGUCGUCCGCAGGCGACUCCGGCGGCUCCUCCGCCUUGCGCUUCUUUGCAAACAUCACGGAAACGGGCUUUUGUCG